AUGGCGAGUCCAACAAACACAAGAGGAUCGGAAUACUCGCGACCAAGAUCCAGAAAUAGGAGAAACAGUACAUAUGGCACAAAUCCCAGGAGAAAUGGCAGAUAUAAGGAAGAUACUGCUCCCUUUCGCUACAGAAAAGAUGAUUAUUCGAACACUCCUCCACACAAGGGUGAAACAUUCAUUUCCAACAAAAAUGAAAUCAAGGGUUCUAAUAGAAGAGAAGUGGUUAACCUCCAAAGUUUUCGAAAUGAGCAAUCCAGAAAUAUCAACGAUAUCAACAACAAUGUCAGACCCUUCUUCAAAGACCCCUUUGAUAUCCCCAGAAGGAAAGUCACCUACAUUGAUCCAAAUAAAGACAGCAGUAAGAGAAAGGAUACAUGUGAUGUUGUGGGAAAACCAGGUAACAGUGAUGAUAAGAUUCUCCCCCGUACAAUGGGAAACAAGAACGACAGCCGUAGAUCUGACGCAUUUUGGAACUCCAACUACAAUCUAAAAGAUGAAGUUUCUCAUAGUAUAGUAAACAACAAGCUUGGUCAUUUUAAGAGGAGCGAUAAUCAUAGUCCUCAUAACCAUGUCGGUUACAUUCAAGGGGAGACUAUUAACACGCAAAAAGACAUUAGCCGUCUUACGGUAGGAAAAACGGAAAGUCUUGAAAAAAAUUACAGGCAUGAUUUGAAAAGAACUAAUGAGAAUCCUAAAGAUGGUUAUGCUCAUCAUGAUUUGGAUAUCACAGAAAACAGCGUCAAAAGCCACGAUCGUUACGUUGAAGACACCACAGCUAGCAGUAUCAUAAACAAGGUUUCUAAUGAUGUGGAUAUCACAGCCAACAGUUUCAAUAGCCAAGCUUGUAAUGAUUUGGUCACCACAGACAACAAUACCAAAAGCAAGGAUUGUAAUGAUUUGGUCACCACACACAACGAUACCAAAAGUAAGGAUUGUAAUGAUUUGGUCACCAUAGACAACGAUACCAAAAGUAAGGAUUGUAAUGAUUUGGUCAUCACAGACAACGAUACCAAAAGUAAGGAUUGUAAUGAUUUGUUCACCACAGACAACGAUACCAAAAGCAAGGAUUGUAAUGAUUUGGUCACCAUAGACAACGAUACCAAAAGCAAGGAUUGUAAUAAGUUGGUCACCACAGACAACGAUACCAAAAGUAAGGAUUGUAAUGAGUUGGUCACCACAGACAACGAUACCAAAAGCAAAGAUAAUAGUGAUUUGGUCACCAGAGACAACGAUACCAAAUGCAAGAAUUGUAAUGAUUUGGUCACCACAGACAACAAUACCAACAGUAAUGAUAGUAAUAAUUUGGUCACCACAGACAACGAUACCAAAAGCAAGAAUUACAACGUUUUGCACUUCACAGACAACAGUUACAAAAGCCAGCUGGAUUAUAAAGUUGUGAUCACUACAGACAAUUAUGUCAAAAGCAAGGAAUGGAAUGAUGUGGACCCCACAGACACCUAUGAUUUUAAUGAUGUGGACAUUGCAGACAAAAAUGUCAAAAGCCAAGAUAGUUUGAACAUCACAGACACCAGUGUCAAAAGCAAGGAAUAUAAUAUUGUAGUCACCACAGAGAACAAUGCCAAAAGCAAUGAUUGUAAUGUUGUGCACACCACAGACACCGGUGUCAGAAGCCAAGAUUUUAUAGUUGUUGAUACCACAGAUAACAGUUUCAAAAGCCCAGAUUGCAAAGAGAAAAGCAUAGACAACAGUGCUAAAAUUCAUGAUUGCAAUGUUGUGGAUAUCACAACCGAAAGUGAUAAAAGCCAGGAUUGUAACAUUGUGGUUACAAUCGACAACAGUUUCAAAAUCCAGGAUUUUAACAUUGGCUACACCACAGACAACAGUGUCAAGUACCCGGAUUGUAAUAUUGAAGACGGAUAUGUAUCAAAAGAAAUCAGCCAAGUUUCUGCAAAGAAAAUUCCUUUGUAUGUAAGUGAGAAUUUUCUUAUAGAACAAACAGACAAGCGGGUGUAUAUUUAUGAUGAAAGAACUGGAUUGGACAUUGGAGAAAUCCAUGCCCAGUAUAUUCCCUGUAUUCUGAAAGAGGAAAGAAGAAACCCCCAGAGUUUUGCAGUGACGACAAAUACACAAGAUUCAAAAAGCGGUAGUGCAGCUGCACACCGAAUUAUAAAGAAUUCCAAAGACGAUAAAUACUCGUUAGAAGCAAAGGGUGGAACAGCUACUUCUGUAUUUCCACUAAAAACGAAUAUUCCGUGGAAGAAUGGUAUGGAGAUUAUCGAUAGCGAGAUUAGUUUUUUGUCAUCAGAGAUAAUUGACCUAGAAGAGCCUCAUUCAAAAGGAACCAAGUCAAAAACUGAUUUCCUGAGGAUUCUCAGUGAACCAGACGAAGAUGCUCCUAUUGUGACCAAUGGUAGAUCAUCUUUCUGGCAAUUAUUUCUGUGUGGAUCGUCGUGUUUAUCAAAAAAGAAGUCUCGUAAAAAAGAAUCAGAAAUUAUACAGAGAAUACGGCAGUUUUUCCGAGGAAAUAAAUCAAGAAAUAAAAAAGAAUAAUUUAAAGAUAU